CGCUGCGGUCGCCGCUCGGAAACCCGGUUCGUCUCCCCAGGUCUUUAGAGCUCAGAGCCUGCGUUUUAAUAAAUCAGCGUGGUGCCAAAGCGCUUCGAGCGCCCCGAGGUUCAGAGAGGCAGACACCUAAACCCAGGCGGGAGGCGCCUCUUUAAUUCUUGCCAAAAGCUGACGAAGAUUCUCAAACUGGAGGUUCUGGAGCCACAGCCUUUAAACCAUUAAAUCCCCAAGCUUUCCCGCUCCAUCCCAGUUUUUUUUUUUUUUUUAACUUUUUUUCUCUCCUUAAUUAUGAAAGUGGUCACGUCAUUCAAGAUUAAGACUCGGAGAGAAUUUGGAAAAGAAAAGAAAGAAUCAAAAAGAAGAGACGCGGCUGGUGCUUUUGAGGGUGCCUAAUUUUAAAAAGGAUUUCGUUCUGGGUGUUUGGGUGAGAGCCGGACCUGGGCGGUGCAGGGCGCUGCGGGGACGCGGGGAGGGAGUGCCGAGAGCCCGGGGAGAGGGAGAUGCUCGGAGCCCCUAUCGAGGUGACAGCGACGGACGGUGAUCUCUGGAGCCUGGAGGAGAGGCUGGGACUGAAGGGCCGGGCCAGAGAGCUGAGCAGCGGGCGCGUAGGGGGCAGGAGCCGUGGCGGGCAGCCGGCUGCGCGCGGUGCAGCUCAGGGCUCCGAGCGCGCUCAGUGCCGGGCGUGCAGCGUCCGGGUCACCCGCGCCCGGAGAUCGCGGUGCGGGGCGCAGGGUGCGCGGUGCCCUGCGCGGGCGUGGUGCACACCCCGAGCGGGCGCAGGCCGGCGCGGGAAAGCGGCAGGGCGGGGCGGCGCGGUUAUUGGCCACGCGCUGGGAGAAGGGUCGCGCUCGGAGUCCUCCUCCCGCCAGCUCCUGCUCGCCUCGUUUUCUCUAAGCAGGACAACUUCGCCGAUAGCGGUGCUCUCCGGUCAUGGAUGUUCCAGGUCCUCUGGCGCCUUCCUCUUGAGAAACUCCCUGGCCUUGACCGUCAAAGAGGGGUACCGAGCCCGCAGAAAGCAUAUUCCGCCCCGCUCGAUCCUGCGCGCCCGUUGGCGAUCCUCCGGCCCCGCCUGCUCCCGCCCCCCAGCCCAGAUGCCGACGCCGGGCAGGGGCCCCAGCGGGCGGCAGCUGACCAUGCCCCGGCGCCGGGGGGCGCUGCGCGAGCCAGCCGACUACAGCUCCUGCCUGGGGGCGGCGCUGGCCUUGCUACUGCUGCUGCUGCCCGCCUGCCACCCCGUGCGGGCGCAGAAUGACACGGAGCCCAUCGUGCUGGAGGGCAAGUGCCUGGUGGUGUGCGACUCAAGCCCCUCGGCUGACGGCGCGGUCACUUCCUCCCUGGGCAUCUCGGUGCGCUCUGGCAGCGCCAAGGUGGCCUUCUCCGCCACGCGCAGCACCAACCACGAGCCGUCGGAGAUGAGCAACCGCACCAUGACCAUCUACUUCGACCAGGUACUAGUAAAUAUUGGCAACCAUUUUGAUCUUGCCUCCAGUAUAUUUGUAGCUCCACGAAAAGGGAUCUAUAGCUUCAGCUUCCACGUGGUCAAAGUAUAUAACAGACAAACCAUCCAGGUCAGUUUAAUGCAAAACGGCUACCCAGUGAUCUCAGCAUUUGCAGGAGACCAGGAUGUUACCAGAGAAGCAGCCAGCAAUGGUGUCCUGCUGCUCAUGGAAAGGGAAGACAAAGUGCACCUCAAACUGGAAAGGGGCAACCUCAUGGGGGGCUGGAAAUACUCCACAUUCUCGGGCUUCUUGGUUUUUCCUUUAUAGACACAGAGCCCCCUGGAUGGUGGGGAAGUUGCAAUCUGGACCCAGGAAUCCACCCUUCAUAAUACCCCGAACUUGCCAGAGUAGGACAACCUGGUUCCAACUUCUGACAGACUGUCGCAGUAGAAGAAUGAUUUCCUUCUAAAUCUCCAAUAUUUUCUUUGAAUAUUGACAAUUCCUCGGGAUCCUGGCCUCUAAUUAGUUUUAGACAACAAGGUCUUAAGGAGAAAUGAAAUUAUUGAUUUGAGCAAUUUGUACCUGUGAUUGUAAAGUCAAAGUCAAUAUCGAAUUUUAUUGUUGGGACCACUGACUUCUCUUUUUGUUUGUACAUUGUGUCACUGUCCCCAUGGCAAGAGAGCCCAGGACCCCUGACGGGACUCCAGGUUGCAGUCAGGGCUCACAGCAAGAGACAAGCAAAGAACUACCUGCCGGAAAGUCCUUGAUGUGUGUUCUCUGUGUGUCUUUAGAGCCUUAAGAGAAAGAAUGACUUCACUGUCAUUUCGUAUUUUUCCCUUGUGUGGAUGGGAGGACUUGGGAGGGGAUGGGGGCCAUUGUGAACCUGUCGAGAAGUGCUUUAUCCAGAGCAAAGCAAAUUUUGCACUAUUGGACUGCAACUUUUGUUUUGUAUUGUUUGUGGGGUUUUUUUCCUCCAGAAGUUUACUUCCCUUUCUAUACUAGGCUGUCUCCCCACACCCUACUUUUAGUUUUCAUGCUAGGGUAGUGGAGAGAGAGAAAGUGUUGAGUUCAUGGAUGAGAUUCAACAGAGCAAAAUCUGUAUAUUUUGCUUUGGAUGAGACCAAAUCAAACAAAAAGUAUCUGUCAAAGUAACAAUAGCAAAUGGACAAAUCUGCUUACUCAUUCCAAAGAGUCUCACAUUCACCUUUAGAACUUGCAACACGGAUUUUAUUUUUUAAAUUUACAUUCUGGAAUCCUUUAAGAACCUGGCAUUCCUGAGUGGGCCUGAAUUAUAUAAGAGCUGACACUGUGAUGCCAAAUUCCCUAAACCCCUUUUCCGCCGUGCAUUUUGCUUUAUUUGGAUCCACCUCUGAGUAGCUCACAGUGAUCAAGAGCUUCAAAGAAAACAGGACCAACCCCUUCCCUGGGUCUUCCUUUGAUCUGCCAUGGAAAGGAAAGUAUUGACACUCAGCCAGGGAGCACCUGGCAAGAGCCCACGUGGAAGUCACAGGGGUGAAAGGGAUUGGCUGAGGCACCCAGGAGUGGUUUUACAAAUCCGUAUUGUUUUGGCACCUUGUGUAACAGUGUUUUUAAGACUCAGCUGAGAGUUGAUGGAUACAGGUUUCCUAUGCCAAGGACAUGUCACUAAUCCCAAAGCAAUCAAAGUUGAGACCUCAAACCAGAUGUUAAUUUGUUCUUUGUGUAACAAUGUAACCAAAAUAUUGAUGAUAAAAGCUCAUAAUUUAAGAUUCAGAAUAAAUGGGUUUGAUGUCUGACUUUUCUGAUCCCUCCACAUCGUCUCCCAACUUUCAAAAUAAUGACAAAAUAUCAGGGACUUAGGGAUGUUAAAUCCCUGCUAUGGCUCUUGGAAAAGCACACACACCCAUGUGUGCAGAUGCUGCAGUGGCUGUCGCUGGAAACUGCACACUUAGAUGCAUUUAAUUUAUACUAAACAUAUUUUUCAAAGAGAGAGUUUUGGGAGGAGAUAAGUGGAAAAGACAAUACCGAGAUGCCGAAUUUAAUCUGAGUUAAAAUGUUCUUAUAUUUUGUGAGGAAAGAAAUCAACCAGAAAACAGGUGGGGAACUUUGGCUCCAUGGUUAGGAGGCAUACUUCAAAUUGUGAACAUUGGUGGUAACAUAGACAGAGGGAAGCAGGAAUAUGGGUCCUCUGUUUUAUUGCUCUUAGUUAUUUUAAUCCUCUUUCCUUCAUUUCCUUAACUUUAAGUUCAAUUUAAAAUAAACAGAAAAUCUCAUUAGAUGAAACUAAUAGUGCUUCAGAGAUUGAAAGAUAGAUGACUUUACUUUUAUCACUUAAUAAUAUUUAACAUACAUAUUUGUUUCUUUUUAUACUUUUAUUACAUACAGGUUGUUAUUAGGUUGUAUUAUCCAAUACAUAUUAAAUUGGCCAAUCUAAAAAUAAAUAUAUUUCAGGAGUUUAUUUUAUAUUAGAAAAAAGCUUCAUCCUGAUUAUUCUCCUAUCCUUUUUUCUUACCUGCCCUGAUAUGGAUGCCAAAAACUACAUUAAGAAGAAGCAUACUGGUAGUGUCUCUGAAGCUACUUACCAUCCACUGCUGCACCUGCCAAGGUUGUGUUUGGCUCAGGAUCUUUGAGAGAGAUGAAGCUCCUGGGUAUGAUCUAUGAAAAUAUAUAGGUCAGACCAAAUGUUGAGAUGUAUUUUCCUUAAUUGGAUAAGCGAAAGGCAUCUGUAUCCUGCUGAGGCCUAGUUCAGAGACCCUAGCUCAGACCUUGGUUUUCUUGCCUGUAGAGUGAGGGCUACACAGUCAGCCCACACCACAUGGCCCUCCUGAGGACCUGCAAAAUGCUCUGAUAACUGAGAGCCUUGCACUAAUGUGGGCUGAUAUUAAGGCAGGGGGAAUGUUUCUGAAAAAAACAGAUUUUUCAACAUGCAAAUGAUUUUAAAUGAAAAUCAUUUAAAAUGAAUACCUGACAGGAAGGCAAUUGCAUAUGAAAGUAAAUUUCCAUAUUCCUCAAUAGACUGUUAAAACUGUUGUACUAUAUUGGAUUUUCCCUUAAUUUGAUUUUUAGUGAUGAUGAUCAUAUCACAUUCCAUACAUUUUUAAUUUAAUUCCAUUUUCAGUUGUGUUAUUUGCCUUUCCUGCGUGGUUCCUGCUCACCUUUGGGUGCCAAUAUAUUCUGCCAAUAUAGUAUAAAAAUAUAAAGUAACAUUUCUGAAGUAACAAAGAUAAUAUUAUUAAUGUAAGUAACAUGGCACUUGAAUACUAAGUUGUUUUGUUGAUCAAUGUUAGCUCUACUAAAUUGUAAAUGCUUUUAAAGCAAUACCAUUUUCUUAACUUAAAAUAUAUUCUAAUUUAAAUACAACCUGGAUGACUCAACUUUAAGUCCUGAGAAACUGUGUUUACCAUCUAUAAUUUCUGAGCCGAUUUUGCAUCCCAAUAUUUUUAAUAUAUGUGUUCAUGUAUAAGUGAAAUAUCUACAUUUUUACAGUGUAAAAAGUACAAUGUGUGGCUGCUCAGAGUAAAGGUGAUAAAAACCUAUUGAAUAUUAGCAUGAAUUCAUGGAACUCUAUAGAGAUUUCAUACAUUCUGUUUAAAAAAUUUAGCUAAAUCUAGUUAUAUCAAGCAUCAGAAAAACUAAAAAAAAUACAAAGUGAAACAAAAUCUUUGCUGAAUAUUUAAUAUUGUGGCAUUAUUUUGAUAUCAAAUAAAUUAUAGUGGUUACAUAUUUAGUAACUAUUACAUAUAUAUUGUUUGCCUGUGAGUAAACUGACAUAUAUACCUGAUCUUUUAACAUGGUAAUAUAAUAAAAAUAUGUGCAUUGGCUAUAUCUCCUGGAACGUAGGAAUAUGUGAAAGGAAAAUUUGAUGUAUCACUUUCUAUAAGCGAACCGAAAGUAGUAGUUGCUCCAUCACACUUGAGUUGUAGCAAAGGGAACGAAAAAUGUUCUGUCAAUUUGUACCACCAUGUUUUGCAAUCUUUUGUAAGAGUACAAAUGUUGCAAUAAGAUAAUGUUAUUGUGAAUAAAAUAGUUCACAUUUGUUUAUAUUUCUACAGCAUAAGAUGCAUGUAAUGAUCUAAUGCAUAGAUGCACAUGAAUGAAAAGCUCCUUUGCAUUAGUAUAUGAUGGUGUAAAUAUAUGGAGAACACACAGAA